CUUUUUUACAUCGAGAUGUUAGUUCGCAGAUUUAAUUUAGUGAUAGCUAGUUCUUCGUUGGAAUAUUAAGUGUUGGCGGUGUGUUCCGAUCAAGGACGUUUGUUGUUGGGACGGGUAGACUUCAAUCUUUUGCAUGUUGUCAGACAAUGGAACGUGUACCGUUUGUUUCUCUAAUUGGAUUCAUUUUGGUCGUGUGUGGUUCGGGGAUCAUGUGUGGGACGAACUUCGAAGCUCUGAAACGUAUAGACGACUUUUUCGAAAACAGGUUUUACCCAAUCGACGAGACUUUUUGUUUGGACUUGGUAAGCUUUUCUAAAAAAAAAACGCAGCUAUAUCCUAUUUUCACAUACUUAUCUUUUGACAUUCGACAAAGUUUUUGGAAGAAACGAGAUGAAAUCCUAAUCGACUAAAACCCUCUGUCGAUGUAUAUUGGAAACUUUCUAACGCCCGUAGCUUCCCAUUUGAUUGUUGUAAACGUCCAUUUAGUAUUUAUAGACACACCAUUAAUCAACUGGAAUCUCGAAAACUGUACUAAGUUGGUGUUAUUCAGCAUCGUAUUUCGUGAUGUUGUUAUUAAUGCGUUUCGAUGCAAUUAACUCCUUUAAGUUUCUGCUAUGUUUACAAAUUAUUUACCAAAUAAUAAUCUCAAAGAUCCAGUCAUAACUAGUGAAAUUCUACCACUGUUUUGAAUUCUUUUCAAUCAUAUGUAUUGGAAUCGAAGACUGCGCUUUCGAGACUCGUUUCGUGUAAAGAAGGCAGAUUAUGUAAUAUAAAUAACAACCUAAGUUUUAAUUUUUUGUAAUAUCAUAAGUACUAUUCUAAUAAUAUCAUUUAUGUCUAAUACAAUGCUUUCUUUUCGAUAUAACGUAUAUUUACAGUUGUUGGGGUUGGCCUACUUGGCUACAUUCAUUUGGCUUCUUAUUUUUGUCACUUUGUCUAUACCGGUCUUUCUUUGGGUAAUGGUACAUAUUGUAUGUAGAGAAGAAACAGAUUAUUGGCGUAGUAUUAGUACGAAUAAAGAUGAAAGAGAUUUCACGUAUACAUUUAAUCUCACACAUUAUGGCCUUUAUCGUAGACCAUUAGAUACUAGUCUAUGGAGUGAAUACGUAAAUUCACCCAGCGCAUUUACACAUUUAUGUCAACAGACCUCCACUAUUGGACCAUUGUUUGCGAGCGCUUUAAUUGCUUGUUUCUUGGUGAUUCUUGGUUUGAACACUUUCAUUGCCUGCCUAUCUACGGCUUCUGUAAGACUGCAGUAUUUCUAUGAAAUUGAUCGUUAUCGAAAAUUAGUCAACUCGUCACCUCAAACAGAUCCUACGUGCUUAGAAGAAUAUUCUCUUCAACCUUUGCUACAACAACCUCUGUCUAUGCAGUCUGCUGGUUCGUGUAUCAAAGCAAAUACUUUACACUUCCCUCACGAUAAUUUGAAUACUAUAUCGCCUUUCAUGAAUUCCACACCAACAGGCAUAGGUCUCAUUUCUGGUCCUAACAUCUUCAAUGAGACACAGAUGUCUCAGCAAUUUUACUCUCAUAGACCCAUAAGACACUCUACUUACUCACAUCAAUCAACUAUUCUAAGUAACAAUUAUUAAUUGAGAAAUUGCAUUUGUAAGCCACCUCGUUUCACGCUUUUAUUUCGAAGAAUUAAUAUAAUCAAAAGCUUUUCGUUUAAUGCCAACUUAUCAAGUAUUCACAACUAUCCGGUCUAUUUAAUGCUUUGUUUAUUCAUAUAAUAUAUUCUCAGAAUUCCACUUUUAUAAUCCUCAGGUUUGAGUUGCAUUCCAUAUACAUUUGUCCGUUUUAUCUUAUUUGUUUUAUAAGCUUUGUAUAUACUUAUUUAUAUUAGAUAGCUCAAUGUUCUUUUGUUAUUUUUGCUUGAAAAACUUUUUUAAGAACUCAUUUCCCUUUGGGACAAAUCAUGAAACCUAUGUAACAUUUCUAGUCUCAUUAAAACAACCAGCAAUACAUCCUCAUCUUGAGGUACAUCUUUUUCUCCCGUGCACCUUUUUUAUUAGUUACCUACAAAACCACCACCAUGAACUGUUAUUUCAUUAAUACCAAAUGUUGGUUUACAAUAAACAUUCACUUAUCGUCAAUUGUUGAAAUUUUGUUACAUAAAGUGGUUACUUCAAUGUUAUUAAUCAAUAGUUUAACCUAAUAGAGUUA